AUAAAUUGUUUUAGUUUCAGAAUCUUUUUAAAAGUAUCACAACAAAAUGGAGUCAGCGAAUGGAUACUUUCAAGUUGCCGAUUUCGUUAUAUUUGGAGGAAUAUUAUUUUCUUCUGCUCUGAUUGGGAUCUAUUUUGCAUACAAAGACAGAAGAGAUGAAACGACUGAAAAUUAUUAUUUUGGCGGAAGAACUGUGUCACCGAUUCUCGUCGCAAUAUCUUUAUCCGUGUCCUUCAUAUCAGCAAUUGCUGUCAUUUCCAUUCCAGUUGAAAUAUACCUUUUUGGUGUGGUUUGGACUUGGUCGAUAUUUGCAGAACCCAUAAAUUUCUUCGUCGCUUCAAAAUAUUACAUCCCUUUGUAUCGUCGACUACGAUUGAAGACCGUGUUCGAGUAUUUGGAUCUACGCUUUCAUCCAGGAAUUCGGUAUUUUUCCUCGGCGAUUUCAAUGGUGGCUUUGAUAUUCUACUUGGGUAUAACCGUCUAUCUUCCAUCUCUUGCAUUGAGCGCCGUAACUCUUCUUGAAUUAAGAUGGACGAUUGCAAUUACUAGCAUAGUGUGUACGUUCUAUACCACCAUCGGUGGAUUAAAAGCAGUGAUGUGGACGGAUGUCUUGCAGGCCCUUAUCAUGCUAGGAGGCAUACUUUCUGUUUUUAUUUACACAACACUGCUGUAUGGCGGUUUUGGACUUAUAUGGAAGGCCGCAGAACGCGGAGGUCGACUUAAUUUCUUCAAGUUCGACAUUGAUCCCAGGAUCCGAAGUACAGCAUGGUCACGAUUUAUUGGUACAGCAGUUGGGGGCUGUUAUCUUGCGUGUUGCAAUCAAGUUACGGUUCAAAGAUAUUUGUCUUGUGAUUCGGUCCGAUCGUCUAGGGCAGCUGUUUGGUUACAAUGGAUACCUACUACUAUCCUGAUGAUACUAUGUGUAGGGAAUGGAUUAGUUCUGUAUGCUUAUUAUGAAGGUUGCGAUCCGGUUCUAUCGGGUUUGGUUGAAAAAAGUGACCAGGCAAUACCACGAUUAGCCUUGGAAGUAUUUCAAGAUAUGCCUGGAAUGACAGGGAUGUUUGUGGCUGCUACAUUCAGUGGGACUCUGAGCACAGUAUCAUCUGGAGUCAACUCUUUGUCAGCAUUAGCUCUAGAAGAUUUCGUUUUGCGAUUUUUUCCAGCAAUAUCUAAGAGGAAGAAAAUACUUUGCAGCAAAUUUUUGAGUCUUCUGUUUGGCGCAGUCAUUAUGGGAAUUGCUUAUCUUGUGUCCACUGCAUCUAGUAAUAUAUUACAAGUCAACGUUGCUGUAGCGUCAAUAUCAACACCCAUUCUCGGCGUUUUUACGAUGGGCUUGUUCAUGCCAUGGAUAAACAGUUGGGGAGCCCUGGCCGGAGUGGUAAGUGGUACGGCAUUUAGUAGCUGGAUUGCUAUCUCUGCAUCUUCUCAAGCAACAUUUUAUGCGGCAAGUGAGACUUUACCCAUAUCUACGGACAACUGCACUGCAAACUCUGCUUAUGAUGUCACAACCAUGUCUUCAACUGGACGCUCCACAGAUUUGACUAACUUUUCCGAGAUGUCCACGAUUUCUGAAGAAGAAGGAUCUGUUCUAGGUUACACCUUGUACUCUUUGUCUCCAUAUUUGUAUGGAACGUGUGGAUUCCUAGUUUCAAUAUUUUUUGGACAUGUUGCAUCUUUUUUAACAGGAUUCAACAAAAUUUCAGAGGCUAAUCCAGACUUAUUCGUCCCAUUCAUUAACUCCAAACUGUUUCGUUUCGGCAUUCCUGAAAGUACUUUAGUAGACGGAGAAAAUAUGGAACAACAGAAGACUGUGCGGUAUAUCAAUGCGGGCUAUGACAACGAUGAAAAUAACCGCGAAACCUCGAACUCUAACAUGGCAAAAUGUGAAGAAACAAUUUUUUGACCAGCAAAUAUUUGGUGAUUUUAUGCAAAACAUACAUAUAUACUAUUAUUUCAUUUCGCGAUAUUAAAUGACGCUUUUAGCAAUGAGAAAUAAUUAGCCAGCUCGUUAUUGAGUUAUAUAUAUUUAAACAUAUCUCAUAUAUAUAUAUAUAUUCAUAUCUUUGAAUAACUAAAUAACCGCUGCAUUGGAUUCAUUG